AUGGCCAGCUUAGGGAACCCACCCGUCAAUAACCUACCUCAAAUCGACGUAUCGAGCGCAAGAGAAGAGUCCGAACCGAAUGAAACUGCGGGGGCCGUAUUAGAUGAUGGCCGAGAAAGACACCUCGAAGCAGAUCCCUAUGACCUCCGUGAUAAAAUCCAGAAAAUAUUGAAUAACAACCCUAUUGGAUUGGAUCCAGAAGGUCAUUAUCUCCUAGACGAUAAAUACGAUACGCUAUUCCAACCAGAUGACAUCCAAAAAGCGCUUGGUGGUAGCUAUACGACUCGACCGUUUGAUCGAAUAUGUCUUCAGAAUUGUACACACUAUUUCCGUUACCACGAUCCUUGGGAUCUGACACAAUUGAACAACUUCAAACGCGAACGAUGGCAGUUUCUUGUUCCCACGUUUGACACCGAGAAAUUUAUCUACGAGUUCGAUAAUGAUCGAAUUCUCCCUUUCAUAGCGAAGUCUGGAGAGCUACCUAGCGGCCAUUUUAGCGACGUUGCAUGCGUGGAGAUGCUCGCUAGCAAGCAGAAGAAGGUUAACGUGCGAGACAAUACGAUUAUCGUUGCGCUGAAAACGCUUAGAAGAAUCAGUGACCCCGGCUAUGACAUCCAUAACGAAUGGCACCGCGAGGCAAAAGCCCACAAGCAGCUGAAUGGAAAGCGCGACCAUAUCAUCCAAGCAUUUGCCGCCUACCAGCAGAAGGCAGCACGACCGGAGAACAAUACAUACCAUCUUGUGCUUGAGUGGGCCGACGGCGGAAGCCCCCAUGAUUUUUGGGACAAAAGUCCAGCUCGUCAAUUGGAUCAUCUGGAUGUCGAGAAAAGUCGUCAACGCGUUACGGAAAUGCUGGAACAGGUGUUGGGAAUAGCGGACGCUCUAGAGGGAAUGCAUUCUACUAGCUCCCAAUCGCCUGGACGACAUAGCAGACGCGGCUCGACACGAUCUUCUCCGGAACGCCUGCCGGUGAGGAAUGUACACGGGAGGGAAGAUGGUCUUGAUGCCGGCGUACCAUUUGCGGAUAGCCAGCCCUUGCCUAAAUUUAAUUUAGAUGUCGCGGAUGAGACGAGACCGUAUGGUGAAGCAUUACGUGUACCCAUCCUCUCGGUUUCUCCUCCUGAUCCGGCAAGCCUGGAGGUAAAUGGUGGCCCAAAUCCUACGCGAAGAACUACCAAUUUCAAUUCGGAGAAUUGGCGUCAUGGUGAUAUCAAACCACAAAACAUCUUGCGUUUCACUGAUGGCAAAGCCGAUGCCUACCUAGGUGUCUUGAAGCUCGCCGAUCUGGGAAGAGCACAGCAGCACUUGGCAGCGACAAAUAUGAGGGACACCAAGGAGAAGGAGCUGUGGAGGACACGAUGGUAUGAGCCACCAGAUCUGGAGGAGAAAAACUACAAGCAGGCCAAAGAGAAGAUUUCGCGCUUGUUCGAUAUCUGGUCUAUGGGCUGUGUUAUUUUCGAAAUCGUCUUGUGGUUUCUAUAUGGCCACAAUUCUGUCGGAGACUUCUUGAGCGCGAACAAAUUGACUACAGGAGAACCAGGUGCGACACCAUAUUGGAGGAAAGGAAAGGGAGGGGAAUACAAAGUAAGCAAUGCGGCUACUAGCUGGAUGGAAAAUAUAUUAGAGCAUGACCCUGAACGCAAUGGUGCAAUCGGUCACCUGGUCAAGUUGGUGAGUGAGAGACUUCUCAAGAUUCAUCUGCCCCAAAACUCGGAUGUCUACGAGGAAGGUUUUCGUACAAAUGCCAAAGACCUAAGAGAGCAGCUUGAAUUGAUCAUUGCAAAUACCAAAGAGAAUGAAAGUUACUUGUUUAGUGGCGCUGAUCGCACAAAUGUGCCUCUACCGGAGCCGGCUGAGCCAAGCACAAACGGCUCACCACAAUCUACAGGUGGCUCGUCGUUGUCACCCUAUGAUGCACAGAGAAUGAACCAGCCCCCAACCCGAGGGCAAAGAACCGCAAUAGUAAUGCAGCGCGAAUAUACUAACCGCUUGGAAGGUGAAUGGAAGACCAUCGAUGACAAUGCCUUCGUUGGGUCAAACGUGGCUGGCAGGCAUUCCGCCUCUAGCGUACACGAUUUGUGUCUAGAUUGCAAAGGCAUCGACAUCUUGUCAUCAAAGAUCGAUUUUGAAAUGGGCAAGUUGAAGAGCAACUCAGAUGAAGAAGAGUGCGAUCUCGUGUGCGAUCUCUGUGAACUGGUCUACACGGCGGCCAAGGACCUGAAUCUGAAGAGUCGUUUCUCAUUGAUCCGGUCAGACAACGGUUUUAUCUUGGAUGGAACUGAUCUGAAAGUUUAUGGUACUGAUCUGAAAGUUCUCCGGCUAUGCUGUAAUGAAAGCGCGACGGAGCAGGCCACAGGAAUCCCAAUAGGUGCACCGAAAUUACCAACUCCAAGCGAUCCCGACCCUCCUGCCGACACUCUUGACUCCUUUAUAGAGUUGCCACAGGCAUGGUUACAAGAUUGUAACUUGAACCACCGCGAUGUUUGCGCUCCUAGGCGUGGCAAGCAGAUACUACCGAAAAGGCUCAUCAGUGUUGAACACCCGAAGAAAUCAAAGAUCAUAGAGACAGCAGCUCUGGGAUUGGAUCUAAGGCAGAUUGAAUAUAUUGCAUUCUCGCAUAAGUGGGGCGACAUGCCUGUUGAGGCCGUAACAAUGAAGCAGAACCUCGAUAAACGCAAGAUAAAUAUCCCACUGAAGGAGCUGCCACUGAGCUUCAAAAAUGCCAUGGCGAUCACGCGUGCCCUCAAAUGCACUUAUCUGUGGAUCGAUUCUCUCUGCAUCCUACAAGGUCCGGAUGGAGAUUUCGAUGAGCAAGCAGACAAGAUGCAAACGACCUUCAGUCGUGCGUACUGCGUUUUGGCCGCUUGCAAUGCUAUGGGUGCCAAGGAUGGCUUCUUGCAAGUUCGGAAGUCACGAUACGUCGAAAUGGGCAAUGUCUUCGUCUCUCCAGUCACCAAUGAUUUUGAGCGGGAUGUCCUCAAUAGUCCUCUCAACCGCCGUGGAUGGGUCUUACAGGAACGCGCGCUGGCGCGUCGAACCAUCUUCUUUACAGAGAGCCAGAUGUAUUGGGAAUGUGGCGACGGCAUCCGCUGCGAAACGUGGGCAAAACUCAAAAAUGAUAAGAUUGCUUUUCUCGGCGACGCAAAUUUUCCUAACUAUACGAUCCGACUAGAGAGUACCGUAGGGGAGCAAAUCGACCUUUUUAUCGACUUGUUCCAGCGAUAUACCAGACUAAACUUUUCACAUCCGGAAGACAGACCUAUCGCCAUCGAUGGACUGAUAGAGCGGCUGACUGAAGCAUUCAAAACGCAAAGUCUCGCGGGGCUCUUCGAGACAUUCUGGGGUCGCUGCUUGCUCUGGCGACGUGCUGAUGGCGUGAAACUGCUGAAGAAGAUUCCACGGGGACCACACACUCGCAAGAUUCCACCCACUUGGUCGUGGAUGGCUUUUGAGGGCGAGAUCUCAUUCGUCAAGCCUGAAGGCGGCCAAGUUUAUUGGAACGACCCUGAUGUCAUCCUGCCAUUCGGAAAACGCACCCAAGCUUCAUGGCUUAGGACGAGUCAACUGAAAUGCAGUAUGGCUAUCCAGGCCAAGGCGCUCGACUUCGAAAUUGCUCCAGGCGCUGGUGGAAGCGAAGCCCUCAUAUUCUACGAUGGCGGCAAGGUAGUAACAAGUGCCUCGACGAAAUGCGUGAUCAUCGGUAGCGAGAAGCAGCAAGCCAGCGACGCAGGCACGAAGAAACAUUAUGUACUAAUUGUCAAGGCGAUCUCAGAUGCCCAUGGCACGACACCUUACGAACGUGUUGGUGUUGGAUAUCUGUUAGGAAAGUUUAUUCUUUUGAAUCGUCCCUCAAUUCCAAUAGUAAUCGAGUAA